GCGAUCGCUUCCGGGGCGUGCCGCCUGGCGCUGUGCUCGCUGCGCGCGCGGCUGCCCUAGGUUUUUGUGUUUAUAUUCCCCCGACUGCCAUGAGCUUCCUCAAAAGUUUCCCGCCGCCGGAGCCGGCGGAGGGGCUCCGGCAGCAGCAGCCGGACACCGAGGCUGUGCUGAACGGGAAGGGCCUCGGCACCGGUACCCUCUACAUCUCUGAGAGUCUAGAAGAAUCAAGAGAAUCUCUUUCUGAUGAAGAAGAUGACAGUGAUGAUGAUGUGGAACCUAUUACUGAAUUUAGAUUUGUGCCUAGUGAUAAAUCAGCAUUGGAGGCAAUGUUCACUGCAAUGUGUGAAUGUCAGGCCCUACAUCCAGAUCCUGAGGAUGAGGAUUCAGAUGAUUAUGAUGGAGAAGAAUAUGAUGUGGAAGCACACGAACAAGGACAGGGGGAUAUCCCUACAUUUUAUACCUAUGAAGAAGGAUUAUCCCAUUUAACAGCAGAAGGGCAAGCCACACUGGAGAGAUUAGAAGGAAUGCUCUCUCAAUCUGUGAGUAGUCAGUAUAACAUGGCUGGAGUCCGGACAGAAGAUUCAAUAAGAGAUUAUGAAGAUGGCAUGGAGGUGGAUACUACACCAACAGUUGCUGGACAAUUUGAGGAUGCAGAUGUUGAUCACUGAAAGGGCUUUAAUUUGCUUUAAGAUUCUGCUUGGGACUGUAGGAGGAAAGUUGGUGCCUCUUCCACUGUGGAAUGGGGCUGAUGAAAGGCUUUUUUUCCUUCAAAACUCACUUGAACCAGUUCUUUCUUAAGACAACUAUGAGGCAGCAGGUUGUCACCAGCAGAAGAAACUAUGACCUUUAUUAACAAAGGUGAAUUAACUUAACCAAGGGGGUGUUUGUAGUUUAUCACUUGCCCUUCAGUGUUUGUUGUUGUCUGAGUAGGCCACUCCUUCCUGCCUUUGAUGCACUUCUCUGACCAAUAGCAGGUCUCGGGUGAAACACACAGGAGCUUGGGGUAUGGGUUGACCAGAGUGGGGUUUGCAAGAGAGAGUCGGAAGCUGAAACGCCUUUGUAAGGAAACCUUUUCCCUUAAGAGACAAAGCCAAGAUCACAGAGAAAUUAGCCUCUGUUGUGUUCCACAUGGACAUGACUCUAUAAUUUCGAGCCCAGAUGAAUGAAUUCAGGCCUUGCUGGCAACUCUGGAAAACCCCAACUGAAUCCCACCACUGAUGCAGUGGGUAGCUUCUGCCCUGCUUUACCAUCUUCUCUGGUCUCUUAAGUUAUAGCCUUGAAUUUCCACUCUCUUAGGUUCUAUAACAGAUCAAAAGAACUGCGAUGAAGUCCUCAGAGUCCUUCCCAUGAUAAUUGUUUUGUCUUUGUAAUAGCUUAACAAAUAAAUCUAGAUUUUCUA